GUGAUGUGGUAGUGCCAAAGAAAGGAAAAGCCCCAGGCAUGAAAAUCUAUCACAGGUUUCAUUUUACAUCUGCGUUGAAGCGCAUGACUGUCAUUGCCGGUUACCAAGAAACGCCCUCGAUCCACUUCAUUUCUGUUACAAAGGGAGCUCCCGAAAUCUUGAAGCCAAUGUUUUUGAAUCCGCCAGCCGACUACGACGAAGUGUAUCUGGAGCAUGCGAGACGAGGUGCGCGAGUUUUGGCCUUGGGGCGGAAGAACCUCGGCGUGUUGACAUCUGCUGAGGUUGUUCGAGAGAUGGCGCGAGAAACUGCCGAAUCUGAAAUAGAGUUCCGCGGAUUUCUCAUCAUUUCGUGUCCCUUGAAACCCGACUCGAAAGCGAACAUCAAGGACAUACUAGUUUCCUCGCAUGCG